AAAACAACAACUACAUUUCCCGGCAGGCGUUGGCCCCCAGACGCAGGCGCAGAGAGGAGCUGGGGCGCAGCUGGAAAGGAGCGCCCGGCCUGUCCUCCCCCUCUCUCUUUCUCUGGGUCUUUCUCUGUCCCUCGCCAGCCCAUUGUCUGGCCGAGCCAUCCCCGGGGGCUCGCUGAUUGGUUGGGCGGGCCGUCACUCCGCCGCCCCGCUCUUCUCUCCCUCGCCCUCCCGGGCCAGCCCGCUGCGCUCUUUGCAAGCUGGGCGCCUCUGGAUGCGGAGGGCGCCGCCGCCGCCUCUUCCCCCUCCUCCUCUUCCCCCUCCUCCGCUGCAUGGGGGAAGCGCCCCCCGCGCCACACCGCUGCCCGCUCGGCCUCCGGCUCCAGCAGCUCCGGGCAAGAUGAUGAAGUUUCGGUUCCGCCGCCAGGGCCACGACCCCCAGCGGGAGAAGAUCAAGCAGGACCUCUUCGCCUUCAACAAGACUGUGGAGCAUGGAUUCCCCAACCAGCCCAGCUCCUUGGCCUUCGAUCCCAAGCUACGAAUCAUGGCCAUUGGCACCAAAUCGGGAGCCGUGAAAAUAUAUGGAGCUCCUGGUGUGGAAUUCACAGGCCUGCAUAGGGAAACAGCAACUGUCACUCAGAUGCACUUUCUACCUGGACAGGGCCGGCUGCUGUCUCUCUUGGAUGACAACACCCUCCACCUUUGGGAGAUCUACCAGAGAGAUGGCUACUCUCACUUGGAAGAGACCCACAGCUUUGUUGUUCCCGGACGCCCAGGGUUCGACACCGCUAACUCCCCUCCCAGCAUCACCCGGGUGACGGUGAUCCUGCUGCGGUCGACCUGCGACGUGGCCUACCUCGGCACGGAGGGAGGUGGCGUCUACUUCCUAGAACUUCCCAGCUUAACGCUGCAGGAGGACCGGACUCUGUACCAAGACGAAGUCCUGCAGAGAGUCCCAGAAGAGUACCGUUGUGGGAAGGCUCUUGGUCCAGUGGAAUCUCUGCAGGAACACCCUCGGGACCCUGCCAGAGUAUUGAUCGGUUAUAGCAGAGGGCUGAUGGUUCUGUGGAAUAAAAGCACGAGAGACGUUGAGCAUCUCUUCUUGGGCAACCAGCAGCUGGAAAGUCUCGGUUGGGAGCGGAGUGGGCGGACCAUUGUGAGCUCUCACAGCGACGGAGGCUAUGCAGUGUGGCCAGUGACGGGCAGCUCCCCAAAGACCCUGCAGCCAGCCACCUCCACUAUUCCUUAUGGUCCAUUCCCGUGCAAAGCUAUCAACAAGAUUGUGUGGCUAACGUGUGAAUCAGGAGAUCACUACAUCAUCUUCAGUGGUGGGAUGCCCCGGGCAAGUUACGGGGACAGGCACUGCGUCACCAUCCUCCAAGGACAGACCUUGGUAACGCUGGACUUCACAUCGCGUGUGAUCGACUUCUUUACAGUGUAUAACACAGAGGUAGAGGAGGAAUUUGACAAUCCAACUGCCUUGGUGGUGCUGGUGGAAGAGGAGCUGGUGGUGAUCGACCUGCAGACGCCGGGUUGGCCGACGAUUCCUGCCCCCUACCUGGCCCCGCUCCAUUCCUCUGCCAUCACCUGCUCUUAUCACAUCUCCAACGUCCCCCUCAAGCUGUGGGAGAGGAUCAUCAGUGCGGGAGAGCACCAGAGCCCGCGGCUGUCCUUUGUGAACUGGCCCAUCAACGGAGGAAGAAACCUGGCCCAGGAACCAACGCAGCGGGGAAUUCUCUUGACAGGCCAUGAAGAUGGCACAGUCCGGUUCUGGGACGCUUCAGGAGUCUCUCUCAAGCCAUUGUACAAGUUGGGGACAGCCAAUAUUUUCCAGACGGACUGUGAACACAACGAUAGCUUGAACCAGACCUGCGAGGAGGAUUGGCCGCCUUUCCGGAAGGUUGGCUGCUUUGACCCUUACAGCGACGACCCCAGGCUGGGAAUCCAGAAGAUUGCUCUGUGCAAAUACACGGCUAAGAUGGUGGUGGCUGGCACAGCGGGGCAGGUGCUGGUGAUGGAGCUUGGUGAUGAGAAGUCAGAGCACAUGAUCAACGUUGCCGUGGUCGACCUCCUCCAGGACCGCGAAGGCUUCACGUGGAAGGGCCACGACCGUCUCUCCCCCAAGAACGGCUCUCUCUCCUUUGCCCCCGGCUUCCAACCCAGCGCCCUUGUCCAGUGCAUGCCUCCUGCGGCGGUCACGGCGGUCACGCUCCACUCCGAGUGGAACCUGGUGGCUUUUGGUACUAGCCAUGGCUUUGGGCUGUACGAUUACUACAGGAGGAACUCCGUGCUGGCCAGGUGCACGUUACAUCCCAAUGACUCCCUAGCCAUGGAGGGGCCUCUGUCCCGCGUAAAGUCCCUGAAGAAGUCGCUCCGGCAGUCCUUCCGCAGGAUCCGCAAGAGCAGGGUGUCCGGCAAGAAGAGGGUCAACACCAGCAGCCCCUCGAGCAAGGUACAGGAGGCAAAUGCACAGCUGGCUGAGCAACCUGGUCCCCACGAGGUGGAGAUGACCCCCGUCCAGCGGCGAAUUGAACCCCGGUCAGCAGACGACUCGCUGUCGGGAGUCGUGCGCUGCCUCUACUUCGCUGAUACCUUCCUCCGAGAUGCUGCACAUCAUGGGCCCACCAUGUGGGCCGGCACAAACUCUGGCUCAGUGUUUGCCUACGCCCUGGAAGUCCCUUCGCAGGAGAAGUUCUCGGAGCGCUCUGUGGAGGCGGUCUUGGGCAAGGAGAUUCAGCUCAUGCACAGGGCGCCAGUGGUAUCGAUUGCCGUCCUAGAUGGCCGGGGGAACCCUCUGCCGGAACCGUACGAAGUCUCGCGGGACCUGGCCAAAGCCCCCGACGUGCAAGGCAGUCAUUCGGUGCUCAUCGCUUCAGAAGAGCAGUUCAAGGUGUUCACGCUGCCCAAAGUUAGUGCCAAAACCAAGUUCAAGCUGACGGCCCACGAGGGCUGCCGAGUACGGAAGGUGGGGCUGGUGAACUUUGUCAGCGUGGCAUGUGAGGAUUACACGGAGAACUGCCUGGCCUGCCUCACCAACUUGGGGGACAUCCACGUCUUCACAGUGCCAGGUCUGAGGCCGCAGGUACACUAUGACUGCAUCCGGAAGGAAGACAUCAGCGGGAUCGCCUCUUGUAUCUUCACCAAACAUGGCCAAGGCUUCUAUCUGAUCUCUCCGUCAGAGUUUGAGCGAUUCUCCCUGAGCACCAGGAAUAUUACAGAGCCCCUGUGCGUGCUGGACACAAGCCGUGUGCAUGACUCCACCUGUCUCGGGAACAACUUCACAGCAAUGCCAAAACUGAACCAGGCCAAUGGGAUGCAUGCCCUGCAAGGAUCCUCGGAGGCCAACCAUUCCCUGGCCAGCAGCGAUCGGUCUCCUGAUGAACACCAGGCUUCCUUCUCUGUGACGCCGGUUGACUCGCCCAACAACAGCAUUGACACCCCUCUCGACACCACUGGAGACAUCACCGCUGAGGAAGUGAAGGACUACUUGGCCCCAUUGGAAGAAGCAGAGAGAAAUCUGAGGAACAUAAGUGAGGAUGAGGCUCGGUCCCCAGGGAUCCUGAUCAAAUGAGAGACCACUGCCAGUCCUGUUGGCCUGUUUUGGCGCUUGAAACCCCAUGGGCAAAAGACUUUUGACUGUUUUGUGAUGGACUAUUGGCCUUUCGUGUUCCUCCUCCUUCCAGAGACCCUAUUCUGCAUUUUUGGAUUUUCUUUUUUUGUACAAAGGAUCAUAACUUUUUCUACUGUGUGGCCUGGAAGUUGACACCUGGGAUCUUCUCCCUGCCAUCUCUUCCUCCUACAAGUUUGCAUCAUCAACUUCUUCUUUUUUUAACAAAGAAAAAAAGUGCCAUCCUCUUUUACAGGACCAAAUUGUGUCUUCUCUUCCGUUGCACAAAAAAACAAAAACAAACCAACACUAAAACUCUUACAUCUUUUUUUAAAAAAGUGAAGACACAAAGUGGGCAUGUGGGAGAUACCACGUGUGGCGUCAGGAUCCCACUCAGCCCCUCUUGGCUGAGCUAUCGGCAUCAAACGUUAUGUGGAAAAGGGACUUUUUUUCUAUGUAGAUAAAGACUUGAUGGAUUGUUGCGUUUCUCUGGCUGGUACACCUGACAACUCCCUGAAACCUCAUGGAACUGGCUGGCUGAUUUGCUCUCGGUGGGGAUGUUUACAUAUGUUCAGACUGUCCUUCUCUGUCGCAGCUCUGUCUCUAUCUCGGCCUCUGGCAAACUCCUGGAUCUGCUGGCUUGCAAGCUGAGAAAAUCAGGGCUUGAUUGGAUGACAGACACCUAUCACUCGCCUGCUGUUAGCGGGCUUGCCGAAAAGCCUGACUUGAAGAAAUUCUUUUGUAAUACUGGUGGGAAGUUAUUUUUUUGGCACAGAGGGAACAUUUGGCUGGCUGGACUGAAGGAUUUUCUUUGAGCAGUGUGGUUGUACAAAAAUCUUGAGUGUGUGUUUUUCCCAAGAGGUAGGUUUUUUGAGCAACGGGAGACAACAGAUCUGCAAGAAAAUCCAUAAUCUAAGUAGUAAUAAUCUUCCCUCGGUGUGGAUUAAGGUCUAGCCAGCCACUAAGAGUGCUGUUUUUUUACUGCUGUGAGGCUACAAGCUUUGCACAGAAGAAGAAAAUGUCCAAGAGAACUUACUGUGUGCCCUUUUUGCUGGAUUCCCUUGAUCCUUCUUUUUGGGAGAGGAAGGAAGUGCAAUGAGGGGACUUUAAGAGUUUCCCAAAAAAUUCUAAAGUAAAUGUAUUUUUUCCUUCCUAUUCUCAAUGCUGUUUAGGAAUUCGACUGUCCUAAAGCAGUUUCUUAGCCUUAGCUGCCUGGGAUGGGGAAUGUGUGGUCCUCCAGAAGGUGUUAUGACUACAGCUCCCAUCAUCCCUGACCAUUGUCCAUGCUCGUUGCUGGGAGUUGAAGUCCAGCAACGUCUGGAGCGUCAGAGGCUUCCUGACCCCUGAUCAGAGAGAUCCUUGGGCUCACUCACUACGACAAGGUGCCAUCUUCCUUCCUGAAAUCUUGGCUUGCAAAUUUUGAGGGGUGGGCAGCUUCCAUUUGGUGGUGGCCCCUUAACCCCUCAUCAAACAAGGUGGCAGAAAAGCUUCAGGUUACAUUCCUUUUUCUGUUUUGUUUCUUCCUUGGCUGUCGACCAGCGAGCGAUCUCCCAAUGGGUUUAGGAAGCAGUGUAGUAUCCUAUGAGUCUUUAGUGACAAGUUCCAAACUGUACACCAGGGCUGGGGAGCCUUGGGCCUUCCAGAUGUUGCUGAACUCCAACUCCCAUCAGCCCCAGCUAGCAUGGCCAGGGGUGAUGGAGUCUAGCAAUAGCUGGAGGGGCCUGUAAGCAUCGUCAGUGCAUCAGCCUGGUGGAGAGGUGGUGGUGUCUGUUGCAACCUUGUUUCCAUCUGUUUAUCCCCUUCUCCCUCUUGUCAGAUUUUCAAGGUUGCUUCAGAGGCUGUGACCUCCACUUAUUUAUUAAAGCUGAACUUGAAAGGGCUUAUUGGGCAGCUGCCAGCCACCUUCUAAAUCGACUGUCUUAAUUCCAUUUUGCUAUUAAAAGGCAACCUGUUUUCCAGCCAGGCGGUACAAUGUCAAAAACUCCUUGCGGUGGAAAUCUUUCCCCACCUCUUACGAUGGGCUUUUGCACACACUUGAGGGUUUUCUGAGUGGAUUCAGAUUUUUGUAAAGUGCACGGAAGCAGGGAUUGAGGAAAGCCAUGCUGCGUAGAUCUGUGCAUACUGCAAGGGCCUAAGCAAGUCCUUUGCCCAUGGAGAUCCACAUGCAUCUCUGUCUCUCUUCCUUUGCAUCUUAGGGAGGGAGGGGGGUCAGCCAGCCUUUAAUUCAGGGGUGGGGAACCAGUGGCCUUUCAGAGGCUGAACAAUUCCAAUUAGCCGCAGCCAGUGUGGCUGGUGCUUUGGGAUGGUAGCAGUUGCAGUCCAGCAGCAUCUGCAGGGCCACAGGUUCCCCGCCAGGCCUCCUCUCUUACCCUCUUGUGGUUUUUUUUUUGCAUUACCUCCUAGAUGAAUAUGCUGGCGGCAGCGGCAGCAGCCAAGUCCUCCUUGCAAUAUGUUUUGUGCCAAAAGUAACCUUGGGACAGUAUGACGUGGGGCCUUUGGCAUUGACAUGUUGAUGGGGCUCCGAGUUCCGGUGUCAGGCUGGGCCACUUGUCCUGUUCGUUACAGCUGUAUUCAUCUCCUUAUUUUUGUGCUCACGGCUACCAUUUUCGUGCUAAGGUAAGGUUGGGCAGGUCAUGCCGCUUUUGGGUGGUAAGGAAAGCCAGCCACUAUAUGUUCUUGGAUCUCAGAAAGGUACAGAGGCUGGCCUAGGCCUAAAACAUAGAGCAGCUUUUGCCAACCUGACGCCUUCCAGGUGUUCUGGACUACAGCCCCAGCCAGCAUAAAUGUAGUCAAGUUGCAGUCUAGAACAUCUAGAAGGCACCAGGUUGGCGAAAGCUGAUAUGAAGGAAAUUUUAAAUAGUGUGGGCAUCACCAUAGGGUGGCUGGCUGGCUCACAUGUGGGAUCAUCUGCUUGCCACUUAAUGCACAAACUUUACCUCCUGAUAAUGAUUUUACAUGACAUUCUUUCUUGGAUUUUUUUUCCUUGGUACGGUUUGAUUCUUCUCUCUUUCCCCCCCCAGGUGUGCCUGUGUGAGUGUUUGGUUUUGCACAGGUGCGGUUGAAGGAGAGUAGUUCCAUAGUUGAAAUGUGCCAUUGUGUGUCUUAAUUUUUUUUUUGGCAGACUUAAAUUGUGGAGGGGAGGGUGGGUUAGUUUCCUUGUUAGAAGGUACCCUCUGUGGGGAUUUUUGUUUUGUUCUGAUGAUGGAUUUAGCAAUGUUUAGUUAUUAAUACAGGUUUUUAAUAAUGGAAAAGAAUAAAGCAUUUAAUAGUA